AUGGACCCCUCCACGCUUCGUCUAGGCGUCUUCCUACUAUUGACUUCUGCUUUCCUAGCAUGGAAGCUGCGUAGAGUUGGCCGAAGGCCAUCAGGCAUGCCACCAGGGCCUCCAACACUCCCAAUACUUGGAAAUCUUCAUCAGAUGCCUACCAAAAGGCCGCACUUACAGUUCCAAAAAUGGGCAGAGGAAUAUGGGCCCGUGUAUUCCCUUAUGCUGGGUACUAAGCCGACGAUUAUACUCUCUUCGGAUGUGGCCAUCAAAGACUUGCUUGACAAAAGAGGUGGGAUCUAUUCUGAUCGUCCUGAUAUGUUCAUCAGCCAGAGGGUGGCGAGUGGAGGCCAUCGGUUGGUGGUGAUGAGGUAUGGAGAGACCUGGAGACUUAUACAUAAGUUGGUGCACAAUAUUCUCAAUAUAAACGUUGCGGAGAAGUAUGUUCCUUACCAGGACCUGGAGAACAAAUUCCUUCUGCAAGGCCUACUGGACCACCCUGACGACCUCUUCAACCAAAUCCGACGAUUUAGCUACUCGGUCUCUACUCAGCUUAUUUUUGGCUUCCGAUGUCCGAGUUUCGAUGACCCCAUGCUGGAAAGACUGUUUUAUACUGUGGAGGAGUGGGGAAGAGUAUCCGCAAGUGGGCUCGCCCAGGUUGCGGACCUCUAUCCCAUUAUUCAAAAGCUGCCGUCAUUUCUUGCUCCUGGAGCGGUGAAGGACGCAGAACAUGUACACAAAGUCGGCCGAGAGCUUUACACGGGCCAUUGGCUGAACGCAAAACAAAAGUUGGAGGAUGGAACAGGCCUGCCUUGCAUCUGCAACGAUCUUCUUCUAGCUCAGCAAAGUGAGCAGCUGUCUGACGAGGCUGUCGGUUAUAUCGUUGGCUCCUUGCUGGAAGGUGGUUCUGACACCACAUCGUCCACGCUGUACGGCUUCAUCCAGGCGAUGAUGGUGUGGCCUGAAGUUCAAAAGAGAGCUCAAGAAGAGAUCGAGCGAGUGGUUGGAUCCAAUCGUCUUCCAGUCAUAGACGACUACCAGAACCUUCCUUAUAUUCGAUGUUGCGUGAAGGAGACGCUGCGCUGGAUGCCCACCGUCAUAAUGGGUGUUCCUCAUGCUGUCGUGAAAGACGACAGCUACAACGGCUGGUUUAUACCAAAGGGCGCUACAGUUAUAAAUAACGUCUGGACCAUACAUAUGGACCCUAAUCGAUCGCCCGAGCCCCGUCGAUUUAAUCCCGACCGAUAUGCGGACGAUCAGACCACUCUUUACCAGUCGGCGAACGGAGAACCCAUGAAGCGCGAUAAUUUCAACUUUGGCGCUGGGCGCCGCCUUUGCCAGGGCAUACAUAUAGCAGAGAGGUCGCUUUUCCUGGGUAUGUCGAGAAUCUUGUGGGGAUUCAAUUUGAAUACGCCGCUGGACGACAACGGAAAUCCCGUUACACCCGACGUCGAUAACCUCGUCGGCGGCAUCACAGUUCAUCCCGCUCCUUUCCAGAUCAAAAUUGAGCCAAGAAGCCCGAAACGAGCCCAGAUCAUUCGUGGUGCGGUGGAGGAUUGUAAGGAUCUCCUUGAUGCCGGCUCUGGUCAGUGGAAGAAAGUUCCAGAUGGGAUGGUCUUCGGCUCUUGGAAACCGGACGCUCAGACCAUGAAUCUAUAUUUCUAG